UCGAAGUGGCGCUCGCAUCCCAUUAUAGGAUUGCCGUCAAAGACAAGAAAACUAAUUUAGGAUUACCUGAAGUGAUGUUAGGAUUACUUCCGGGCGGCGGAGGAACACAACGACUGCCACAACUGAUCAGUGUUCCCAACUCUUUGGAUAUGAUGCUAACCGGGAAAAUGAUUAAAGCAGAUAAGGCUCGUAAGAUGGGACUCGUCGACCAAGUGGUGAACCCUUUAGGUCCGGGUCUCACAUCACCUGAAGAACGAACGUUAGAAUACUUGGAAGAAGUGGCCAUUUUUACUGCCAAACAGAUUGCGAGCGGAAAACUGAAAGUUUCGCGUCAAAGGCCUUUGACUGAACGACUCCUUCGGUCUGCGAUUGGCAUUCAGUUUAUCAGAGAUAAGAUCUUUGAUAAGGCGAGGGGUCAGGUGAUGAAAAUGACGAGUGGCUUAUAUCCGGCACCGCUUAAAAUCAUUGAAGUGGUGAAGACUGGCUUAGAGAAGGGACAGCCGGCGGGAACUGAAGCCGAGAUUAAGGGUUUCGCCGAAUUGAGUCAAACGACUCACUCGAAGGCUUUGAUCGGUUUAUUUCACGGACAGACUCUUUGCAAAAAGAAUAAGUUUGGAAAACCGGCUAAAGAGCCGAAGACAUUGGCCGUAUUGGGCGCCGGUUUGAUGGGCGCCGGCAUCGCACAGGUCUCAGUCGAUAAGGGCUAUCACACUAUACUGAAAGACGUGUCGACCGCCGGUUUAGUUCGCGGCGAACAACAAAUAAGAGGCGCUUUUGACACUAAAGUGAAGCGAAAGCGAUUGACGUUUACUGAACGCGAUCUCUAUAUGUCAAACCUCAACACUUCCAUCGAUUAUCGCAACUUCAAGAAAGUGGAUGUCGUUAUCGAAGCCGUUUUCGAAGAUAUAAAAAUCAAACAUAAAGUGGUUCAAGAAGUAGAACAGCAGAUCCGCGACGACUGUAUCUUUGCUUCGAACACAUCGGCGCUUCCGAUCACCAAAAUAGCCGAAGCGAGCAAAAGGCCCGAGAAUUUCAUUGGAAUGCAUUACUUCUCACCCGUAGAUAAGAUGCAAUUGCUUGAAGUGAUCACUACUGAUAAGACAUCGAAAGAGGCGUCGGCCGCGGCGGUGGCCGUUGGUCUCAAACAGGGAAAGGUUGUAAUUGUGGUGAAGGACGGGCCGGGCUUUUACACGACUCGCAUUUUGGCUCCCGUUAUGUCCGAAGCGAUUAGACUAAUG